AUGUGGUAUUUGCCAAUAAAAGAGAGGCUGAAAAGGUUAUAUCAAUCAGAGCGAACAGCAGCUCCAAUGAGAUGGCAUGCACAACACAACUCAGAUGGAGAGAUUGCACAUCCUUCAGAUGCAGAAGCGUGGAAACAUUUUCAAGAGCUCUAUCCUAGUUUUGCGUCUGAGCCAAGGAAUGUCUACCUUGGGUUAUCUACGGAUGGAUUCAACCCUUUUGGCAAGCAUGGGCGGCAAUAUUCUUUAUGGCCAGUAAUUGUCACACCUUAUAAUUUGCCACCAAGUUUGUGCAUGAAACGAGAGUUUUUGUUCCUUACAAUACUCGUUCCUGAACCAGAGCACCCCAAGAGAUCUCUUGAUAUUUUCUUACAGCCAUUAAUUUAUGAGUUGAAGCUGUUAUGGAAAUAUGGCAUUGAAGCAUAUGAUGUUUCUCUAAAACAAAAUUUUGUAAUGCGAGCGGUUUUUAUGUGGACGAUAAGUGAUUUUCCAGCAUAUGGUAUGCUUUCUGGUUGGUCUACUCACGGAAGAUUAGCAUGUCCGUACUGUCAAGAUAACACUGAUGCAUUCCAAUUACGACACGGUCGAAAAACUUCUUGGUUUGAUUGCCAUCGACGGUUUCUACCCCCUGAUCAUCCAUAUCGAAGGAGCACGACACUGUUUAGGAAGAAUAAAAAAAUUUAUGAUGCUCCACCUCCAGAGCCUACAGGUUUAGAUAUAAUCCGACAAUUAAGAGAUUUUGAUGCUGAGAAGACGGUUUCAUGUGGUGGGAAUGGUCAUGUUCCUAUUCAAGGAUGUGGAGAGUACCACAAUUGGAACAAGAAGAGUAUUUUCUUUGAUUUGCCAUAUUGGAAAGACCAUCUACUUCGGCAUAAUUUAGAUGUGAUGCACAUUGAGAAAAACUUUUUCGACAACAUCAUGAAUACUGUACUUAAUGUGCAAGGGAAGACUAAAGAUAAUCUGAAGGCAAGAUUAGACUUACCUGAUAUUUGUUCACGUAAAGAACUGCAUGUUAUGGAAAAUGGGAAAUCAUUGCCCCCAGCUUUUCGAUUAAAUGUGCUUUCAAAAGAAGAAUUCUUCGACUGGAUUAAGGAAAGUGUUAAAUUCCUUGAUGGAUAUGCAUCUAACCUGCGUAAUUGCGUUGAUAGUGGAGAAGGUAAGUUGUGUGGGAUGAAAAGUCAUGAUUGUCAUGUUUUUAUGCAACGCCUCCUUCCAUUUGCCUUUUCUGGUCUUCUACCUAAAAACAUUCAUGAAGCUAUCGCAGGUAUUAGUGCAUUCUUCCGAGAUCUGUGCACUAGAUCACUUACAGUCGAUGGUAUCCAUAAUUUAGAGGAAAAGAUACCAGUUAUCCUAUGCAAUCUUGAGAAAAUAUUUCCACCGGCCUUUUUUGAUGUUAUGGAACAUCUUCCGAUUCAUCUCCCAAGGGAAGCUGCACUUGGAGGACCCGUUCAGUAUAGAUGGAUGUAUCCUUUUGAACGGUAUAUGUUCCAUCUAAAGAAGAAAGUGAAAAAUCUUGCAAGAGUUGAAGGUUCUAUUGUUGCACAAUGCAUUAAUGAAGAGAGGUCAACUUUUGCCGGCAACUACUUUUCAUCUUCUGUAAAAACGAAAAGCAGACGGCCUGCACGACAUGAUGAUGGAGGUGUGCCACAAACUUAUCCUGUGGAAGUCCCAAACAUAUUUACACAAAUUGGAAGGGUUAGUGGAAAAGAAUAUGAGAGGGUAUACAUGUUGCAAAUACGCGAAUGGUUUCCAAGUUAUACAGAGGACGAGCUUAUGAGCCAUAAGCAGAAAGACUUUGCAGGAUGGUUGCAAUGGCAUGCACAUAAAGAAGGGAACUCAAGGAUAACUUCCAGUUACGGUAUAUCGUCGACAACCGGAGAUUUUGUCUACUAUGGUAUACUUCGUGAAAUACUUGAAGUCCAAUACCCUGAAAUGGUUGGGUUAAAGUGCAUUGUGUUUUAUUGCGAUUGGUAUGAUCCUGUAGAAGGUCUACGCACCGAUCAAUUUGGUGUCACUUCUAUUAACUCCCGAAAACGACUUCGAAAAUAUGAUCCAUUCAUCCUUGGUUCACAAGCGGAUCAGGUUUGCUAUAUAAAAUACCCCCGUGUUACGAGCAGACAAGAUCCGUGGAUGACAGUUACGACGAUACACCCACGAGGAAGGGUAUAUGGAGUUUCUGAACACGAGCCAUUACAAGAAAAUGUCACCGGCAAUUUAGGUGAAAUCAAACCGUCACUUGAAGAAGUUGACCUUGUUGUUGACUUUACUGAUAUGGAAGAUGACUAUGUUGUUUAUGCUGAUUCAGAACCAGAAAUUGGCGAGUUUGACGAGCAUUACGAAUCUGGUACUUCUGAAUAUUCUUCCGAUUCAGAUUAA